CUGUCAGCCGGCGUGGUCACGUGACCAUUCCUUCCGUCAGGCCAAAGUUGACAACAUGGCUGCGUCUCAUCCAACACAAGUGUGCCGAGGCAUCGUUAAACAGGUGCUGUCUGGUGAUGCUGUCAUUGUCCGUGGGCAGCCCAAAGGAGGACCUCCUCCUGAGAGGCAAAUUAACUUCUCAAACGUCAUUGCUCCACGUCAGGCAAGAAGAGCAACAGCCAAUGCACCAGAGACAGUGGAUGAGCCUUAUGCCUGGGAAAGCAGAGAGUUCUUGCGGAAAAAGGUAAUCGGGAAAGAAGUUCUCUUUACUGUUGAGACUAAAACUCCAACUGGUCGAGAAUAUGGAGCAAUCUAUAUUGGCAAGGAUAUUGGCUCGGCAGAGAACGUCACUGAGACCAUGGUGUCAGAAGGCUUGGUGAUGGUCAGGAGAGAGAGUAUCCGAGGAGAGUCACGCCUGAUGGACUUGGAAGACACGGCAAAGAGCCAAGGAAAGGGAAGGUGGGCAGGUGGUGAUGCUCAGCAUGUCCGGAAUAUCAAGUGGACGUGUGACAACAUGCGUUCCUUUGUGGACAAAGCAAGAGGAAAGCCAAUUGAUGCUGUGAUCGAGCAUGUCCGUGAUGGAUCGACUGUGCGGUGCUUGCUUCUUCCUGACUUCAAUUAUAUCACGCUUAUGAUCUCUGGAAUCAGAUGCCCAAUGAACAAAUUGGAUUCUGAAGGUAAACCAGACAAGACCAGCAGCGAACCAUUUGCUGAUGAAGCUCGCUAUUACACCGAAUCCAGACUUUUGCAGCGUGAUGUUCAAGUUAUUUUAGAGACCUUCAACAACAACAACUUUGUUGGAUCCAUCAUUCACCCUAAUGGAAAUAUUGCAGAAGCUCUCUUGCGAGAAGGAUUUGCCCGAUGUGUUGACUGGUCCAUAGCCUCUGUCACUGGAGGCCCUGAGAAGCUCCGUGCUGCAGAGAAGCUGGCGAAGGAAAAGAAACUUCGUCUGUGGACCGACUAUAAGCCCUCUGGACCUAAGAUUGCUGACAAAGACCGGGAAUUCACUGGCAAAGUCAUAGAAGUCGUAAAUGGUGAUGCAUUGGUGGUUAAGCGUCAGGAUGGCUCCACCAAGAAAAUCUUCCUUGCAAGCAUAAGACCACCCAGGCUACCAGAGUCUGAAGGUCCUCGUGCUCCUGGCAAGAACUUCCGUCCUCUUUAUGACAUUCCAUGGCUGUUUGAGACCCGAGAAUUCUUGCGCAAGAAGCUUAUUGGCCAGAAGGUGCAAAUCACAGUUGAUUUUAUCCAGCCAGCGCAGAAUAACUACCCUGAGAAGACUUGCUGCACAGUCAAGAUUGGAGAUAUCAAUGUGGCAGAAGCAAUGGUAAGCAAGGGCCUUGCUACAGUGGUCAGGUAUAGACAAGAUGAUGACCAGCGUGCAAGCUGCUAUGACGACUUGCUGUCAGCAGAAGCCAAGGCUAUCAAAACCAACAAGGGACUACAUAACAAGAAGGAAACCCCAAUCCACAGAAUUGCAGACAUAUCAGGUGACGUGAGCAAGGCAAAGAGUUUCCUGCCCUUCCUUCAGCGUGCUGGCCGCACUGAAGCUGUGGUAGAAUUUGUUGCAUCAGGAUCUCGUUUCCGACUCUUCAUCCCACGAGAAACCUGUCUGAUUACAUUCCUUCUGGCCGGAAUCAGCUGUCCUAGAGGUUCACGACCUGCCCCUGGAGGAGGAACCCUCCCUGGUGAACCUUUUGGGGAAGAAGCACUCAACCUCAGCAAGAGCCUAAUUAUGCAACGGGAAGUUGAGAUUGAGGUGGAUUCCAUGGACAAAGGAGGAAACUACAUUGGUUGGCUGCAUGUUGACAAGAAGAACCUCUCGGUACACUUAGUGGAAGAGGGCUUGAGCUCUGUCCAUGUUACAGCAGAGUCCUCAAAGUUCUACCAUGCUCUCAGUACUGCACAGACAGCUGCUAAGCAAAAGAAAUCAAACAUUUGGGCCAACUAUGUUGAAGAAGAGAAAGAAGAAAAGGUUGAAGAACUGCAGCACGACAGAGUUCUCGAUUAUAAACCUGUAAUGAUCACCGAGGUAUCCCGAGAUGGCACACUGUUUGCACAGUAUUGCUCUGAUGGGCCAGCAUUGGAACAGCUGAUGGAGAAGCUCCGACAAGAGUUCACCAAGAACCCUCCCUUGGCUGGUGCAUACACCCCUAAGCGAAAUGAGCUGUGUGCAGCCCAGUUCAUUGAUGGAUCUUGGUAUCGUGCUAAGGUAGAGAAGGUGGCUGCCGGCAAAGUCAGUGUUAGAUAUAUUGACUAUGGCAACAGAGAAGAGACCCAGUCUGUCAAGUGUGCAGCUCUCCCCAUGGGCUUCCACUCUGCCCCAGGCUAUGCUCAUGAAUUCCAUCUGGCACUCGUGAAGUUCUGCAAAGAUGAAGAUUUUCUUGAAGAUGCAUUGGCAGCUUUCAUGAAUGAAGUGAUGGAUCGCGAGGUAUUAAUUAAUCGCGAGUAUCGUGUUGCUGGUGCUGAAUAUGUUUCUAUCCAACGAUCAGACACAAAAGUAGAUGUAGCAAAGACGCUCAUUUCCCAAGGUCUGUUGAUGCUUGAUGAGCGGAAAGACAAACGGCUGCAGUCUGUGGUGAGUGAAUACCGUGCAGCCCAAGAGGAAGCCAAGAGGAAGCACUUGAAUAUUUGGCAGUAUGGUGACAUCACUGAUGACGAUGCCCAUGAAUUUGGCAUGGAACGAUAAAGAGGUGGAAAGGAAAGGAGAGAAAAUCUUAAAUGGCAACAGUUCUAGGUUACUCCGUAAAGGAAAUAUUAUAUUAAUGUGAUAAGUGUUAAGACUUUCUCUGGUUUUGAUAUUAGGAUUUAAUUUAAAUCUGAAUUGUAUGGAAACACAAAUUAAAACUGGCAUCCAAGCUGUAUUUACAUUUUCCAAGUGAACCUCGGUAACUCUUUUAUGAAAUGCACUGUUGCUGUACAAACUACUUUCAUCUUUUUGUGGAUUAACUGAUAUUUUAAUUCAAAAUACAUGAAUUAGUGAAAGGGUCUGUGGAGUGGAAAGACAUGCUUGCCAUCAACUGAGGAGUCUCCUAAACAUUGCCAGCAAUUUGUGUAAGUGUAAAUCCCCUCCGUGGCUUAAUUUUCUAUGGCUGUUUGGCCUUUUUUUUAUGUGAGGUAUCAGUUUCAUUUCCCAAAGGUGUGUGUAAUAGUCGUAGCUUUCUAAGUUUGGUUGGUGUCUCCUCGACCUUAGACCCCCUAAACUCUGGUACUGAAGGAAUCGGCUGAAGAUAUAUAUAUAUUGGAAGUGCUAUCGAGUUUCUAAAAAUCUCAUAUUCCAUAAAUGUUGCAUAUAAAGGUUGUUCUUAAGAAAAGCCGAUCUUUUUCUUUCUUUAAUCAAGUGGUCUCUUGUACCAUUUGAGGAAUUUCGUUCAUGUUGAAGUAUUUUGAAGUUAUAUUUUGUAUUUUUAUUUAUUUACUUUUUGUUGUUGAAGUAUGCAUUGCUGAUGCAAUUUAUAUAAUCUAGGUACAUCAAAAUGAAAAGACUUCUGUACAGAAGUAGUAGUUUCAUUACACAAAUGUCUCAAAUUGUGACUUGAAAAGUUGUAAUUAAUAUAUUUGCAAGAGAUUAUAUGCCAAUUAAUGGGUACCAAUAUGCUUCUACUUUUGAAGAUGUGUAUAUAUAAAAGCUAUAACUAGAAUUACAUCAAUUGACAAUUACUGUUGUCUACAAAUUUUUGUCUAUGUCCAGUGACUUCUACACCACUUUUAUAUGAUUCUGAAGUUUAUUUUUUGAAAUUGUUAUUCAAAUCCAGUUGUUUUAAGGUUAGAAGGAAGGGACACCAUGGGUGACUUAAGAACCAAUAUAAAUGUCUUGUAAUGUA